UUGACGCGGCUCGUGCAACAACAGCUGCCUGGUUGCUAGACGACUGGAAAUCUCCGACGCCGAAUGCGAAAACAGUCGCGUCCGCUCGGGGAGGAGACACGCGUCUUUAACGGAUCCAGGGACGCGAUGGUCGCCGGCGCCCGACGCCCGAAUCGGCGGCUCCCGACGCGGGGAACCCGCAGUGUUGUGGCGGUCGAGCACGUUCGGUGGUGAAAGCGUGUAGCCGACGUCUCUGGUUGUCGCCCCAUGUUUUGUACUACUGCGAAGCAGCGAGAGGGAGGGGGACCUGAAGGGAGCCGCCGCCGCCGCCGCCGCUCGACCUCGGGGGAGACACGACGAUGAGAGGAGCUCCCACGGAGGAAGUCACGUUUCCCGACCUCACGUAGCGCUUGUGUUUUUCCUGUGAUGUUUGGCGCGACUGAGACCAAAAUGUCUCUGGACGCGAGCGACGUUCAGACGGAUGAAGACUGCGAGGAGCUCGACGGCUUUUCUUCCUCGGCUGAUAUUUUGGAAAAGAGAGCAAGCAGGAAAAGAUCCUCUGGGAAGCCUCCUCCCUCUCCAAUUGGUGUAUGUGCAGGGUCUCCAUACCUCUCCAGCCUGAACAUGAACCCCAGAAGGGCUGCGGUGGCCGCCUGGAGACUACCCAGGGCGUCUCUGGGGGACACCAGAGGGGAAGCUACAGGGGACAGUGGCUCAGCUCGUCUCACAUCCCUCAGCAACGGUCACGAUCUGUCCCAAACGCUGAGAUCAGUGUGCGACGUCACACCGGAGCUCCUCAAACAGACCCUGAGCACCAGGAAACACAAACAUCUCCACUCUGCAUCCAACGGCUUCACCUUGGGCACAGGUGAAUACAGAGAGAAGGAGGAAAUGUAUGAUGAGAUUCUUCGCCUCAAGAAGAGUCUCCAGGCGCAGAAGUCUGACAAUCACCAAAUGAAAGCGAAACUGCGCCGCCUGGAGGAAGAUAAUGCCAAAAGAGAGAAACAGAUAGAAGAGCUGCUGGAUCCCACUAAAGGAUCCGAGUACACUCGCAGUUUGGUGGAUAAGAAAAAAGAAGGGAGUGUGGUUCUCAACGGCCUGAAGCAGAGAAUCCUGAAGUUGGAGCAGCAGUGUAGAGAGAAAGAAAAUGCCCUGAGUAAACUGCAAAGUGAGUUGAGGACCACCAACCUGGAGGAGCUGAAGAUCGCAGUAGAAACCUACUUUGAAGAGAUCCAGAGACUGAGGAUGCUUCUGGAAGCUGCGGAGAAAAGCAGUCGAGCAGAGAGUAAAUGCUCCCAGAGGCAGCAGAAAGCACUAAGCGCCACGGUUCAUCGUCUGUCUGAGAGCCUGAAGCAGCUCCAGCAGGAGAACGCGGCUCUCCGAGAGGAACUCGACACCGACAGUCCUGCUGCAGGAGUCAAAGGUUACAGAGAGUGGAGCAAACAGAGGCUGUUGCGGAGACUGUUGGAGGUGGAGAAGAGGCUGCAGGACAGCAGAAGACACGCCCCACCUGAGAAGAGCACCGGGCGAUUGGAUCGGGAGGUCCAGACCACGCCCACUGACAUUCUGGGCUUUACCAUGGCAACAGAGGCAGUAGUCUCCGUGGGAACGAUGACUGAGGAAGAGGAGGAGGAGGAGGAGGUUUCAGAUCUGAGAGAACGCCUCAGUCAAUCAGAGAAGGAGAAUGUUGAGCUUCAAGAGACUCUGACGAGUAAAGAUGACGAACUGAGAGAGUUGAGGACAGAAAGAGAAGAACUGGAGAAAGAGACGGAGCGAUGGAAGACGGAUCAAACAAACGAACGGGAAAAAGAGAUUCAGCAGCAUCAACAGGAGUUGGAGCAGUUGCAGUUGAAUAUCCGAAAUCUGGAGGAAAAAAUCAAACCCGCACAAGCUGAGCUUUCCCGUCUCUCUGCCCCGACGCCAGUCGACCGCGACGACAGUCCAAGCCGGUCGGGUUCGAAGGAGGGAGACGAGACGAACGAUGGCAGCAGAGAGACGGAAGGGGAAAGAGAUGAAGGUUCGGGCAGAGACGUAGAGAAGAAGCGAAGACAACACAAUGAGAGAGAGAAAGCAGCGAGGACCAUCCAGACAAACUGGAGGGAGCACAGGAAUGGGGACAUUGUGAUGCUGCAGUCGGCUUUAAGAGGUCAUCUCCUCAGAGAGGCGCAGCUCAAGGACAUGCUCAAAGACUCACAGGACAAGGCUGUCGAGGCAACAAACCGCAGUCACGUGGCUUCCCCUGUUGCCGGAGACCUGGAUGUGGUUGCCUUGACGAUGAUACAGUCUGCAUUCAGGGGACACCUGGCUCGCUGUCGUCUCGCAGUCGAGAGCUCAAGGCUCUCGGUGCCGUCUCCAGUGGGAAACAGUUUGGUCACAAGAAGAACUCGUUCAACACCCGGCAGAACAGGUGCCGCAUCCCCGCGUGACGACGCAACAAAUCACGGUGAUGAAGAUGGAGACCCCUGGCCUGUCUCCAGCACUCCCGCCUCCAGGAUGACUCCCACCACAGACCAAACCAAGCUCCUCUGCACAGCUGAGUCUGGAGGAGCCGAUUCAGAUGAUUCUGAUGACAUCAUCGUGUCUCCGUCACGGCCUCUGAGAAGCAGAGAAGUCUUAAUCUUAUAGACUCAGACCUCCUGAGAUAAUGUGUGUGUGUGUGUGUGUGUGUGUGUGUGUGUGUGUGUGUGUGUGUGUGUGUGUGUGUGUGUGUGUGUGUGUGUGUGUGUGUGUGUGUGUGUGUGUGUGUGUGUGUGUGUGUGUGUGUGUGUGUGUGUGUGUGUGUUUUCUACUCGAAGCCUAAAUGUCACAGCCAUGUUUUUGUUCAGAUUCUUACUAAACCUUCAAAUGUGAGCUGGGAUAUUUUUAAUAUUAUUCAGGAUAAUAUGGAUCAUAUACAAUAAUUGCCUAAAAUGUUGCCUAUUUUUUUCUCUCCUUCUUCCACUGUAAUUGUCAGAAUAUUUUGGAAUGUCAAGCGCAGGAUUUUUUAUAAUAGAAUAGAACUAAUGGCACAUCAACACCUCACUUUGAUCCGCCUCUUAUUUAGAAUUCUGUCAAGACAUAUCGAUGCGUCCAGAAAAAAGCACUUACAUGAACAGGAAAUGAACCUUCCCACUCAUCGCCUCCACCAAAAAGGUCAUGUCGUUUUAUUUGUCAGUAGGAUUGCUUCUAAAUUGCCAGGGAAGAACCCAUUAAAUUUUUGGUAUGAAUCCUGUUAAAGAGUCAGAUCCAGGAUUAUUAUUUAGUUUUUUCCACUUAACUUUACGAGAUGGGGCAUUUUUCUCCUUUUAUUGUUUUCAUCUGUUAAUCGCGCGGCCUGUCAUUGGAGCCAAAUAUUCUCAGUGGUUGUUUUCUUUGCCAAAAAGUGCCUACUGCAUGGAUAGUCAAAUAAGAAUUUCAGCGAUUUACCUACAUUAAUGUCCAGGUGAGUCUUGUCACCAUAGAUUUCUCUGUAAUUUAAUGAAUAAAUCAUAAAUUGACAUGCCGUAUUACGCCACAUAAACGUCUUUACGCUUAUCCGUAUCGUACACUUAAAAGAUUAUGGCUGAUUCUGAGGUGUGAUUGAGGGAUGAUUGUCAACUGAUGCACUAUUGAGCGAAACUGUGAAUAAAUUAUAGAUCAGCCUGCUGCAAUACGAAAAACACAGUCGGCACAGUGGAGGAAACACGGGCAGUUUGUCUCGUGUCAGUGAUGUUUGUGCUGACAACCUGGAGGGAGGUCAAUAGAGAGAGUGCAGGAGUGCAGUUUCCAAAUGUAUGUAACUUAAUUUUUUGAGACAUCCAAUAAAAUGUUUGUUUAAAAAAAAAAAAAAAAAGUAAACUUG